UGCGAAUAAGGUUUGUUUGUGUUGUUUUCGGUUGUUUCAAAGAUUAGGUUAAAAAGAAUCGUCGUUUUGCUAUCGUUUUUGUUGUGACAGUGACAGUAGUGUGAAAGUAUCACUUUGAUACUGUCACAUGGAAAUGGAAGGACGAGAACAAUUAAAAGAGGCCAUGGAUAUCGAAAUGGUAGACGCUCAGCCUAAAGAACAGGUAGAAACGUUCAAGAAACCACAGUUCUGCCUUGUUGGUCCUCGAAAAAGUAAAGGAACGAAAAUACGUGUAGUGGACGGACCAAGUAAUAACAGUUUAAAAGAAGAGAAAACCGAAACAACAGAAGCCCUUAUAGAGUGUCCCCCCUCGGAGGAAGUUGCACCGGAUACCCCUAAGGAAGCCAUCAAGCCUGUUGAAAACUCUGUCAAUGUGUUGAAUGAACCAGAACACAGAACGUCCAAACCUAGAAAAAGUGCUCCUGCUCAGAAACUUAAAGAAACUCCUAUUCCAUAUUUGGAACCAAAAUGGGGUGGCAUACCUUCCGUGCGCUACAGCUUAGAUGUAAUCAAGUCGGGCACUGUGCUGGAUCCCAUCGACCUGGGGGACAAGUCCUAUUUUGUAUUUGGACGGCAAACAAACUGCGAUGUUCAAAUGGCUCAUCCAACAGUGUCUAGACAUCAUGCAAUUUUACAAUAUAGCAAGGGUACAGAUGAUAAACCUCAAGGUUAUUAUUUGUUUGAUCUAGGAAGCACUCAUGGUACAUUCUUGAACAAGAACAGAGUAAGACCUGAAAUGUUUAUUAGAAUCAAAGUGGGUCAUCAAAUUAAAUUAGGAGGCAGCACAAGACUCUAUUUACUUCAAGGACCUCCAGAAGACAUGGAAGAUGAGUCUGACCUGACAGUCACUGAACUCAAAGCCAAGCGUCAAUUGGAACUUCAAGCCAGAGAGCUAGCAGAAUUACAGUUUAAGCAGAAGGAAGAAGAAGAACAGAAAAAGAGAGAAGAGGAGGGUAUAGAUUGGGGAAUAGGUGAUGAUGCGGAUGAGGAGACUGACCUCUCAGAAAAUCCUUACGCCAUUACUACUAAUGAGGAACUAUACAUCGAUGAUCCUAAGAAGACAUUACGUGGCUGGUUUGAACGUGAAGGUCAUGAAUUAGAUUAUGAGGUUGAGGAGAAAGGCCCUGGACAGUUCCUAUGUCGAGUGGAGGUACCAAUUGAAGGUGCACGUGGUGGAUGCAUGGUAGCUGAAGCAUUAGUGAAAGGAAAGAAGAAAGAGGCAGUUGCUCAAUGUGCUCUUGAGGCCUGUAGGCUCUUGGACAGAUUAGGGCUUUUGCGUCAAGCUAAUCAUGAAAGUAGGAAAAGGAAAGCCAAGAAUUGGGAAGAAGAAGAUUUUUAUGACUCUGAUGAAGAUACAUUUUUGGAUCGCACUGGAGCUGUAGAGAAAAAGAGGCAACAAAGAAUGAAACAGGCGGGUAAAGUUGAAGAACAAGUUGAAACUUAUCAAUCUUUGUGUGCAAAACAUUCUGAUAUAUUGAAGCAGCUGGAAGACACACAAGCUCAGCUUCAAAAGGCUCAAGCAAAUCUAGCAGCUCUUAAAUUAAAAGAAAAGAAAGAGGAAGGUGAUAGCUUGGAGUCCUUUAUGAGCAACCUCUCAAGUGUUGGCUGUGUUGACAAAAAGCAAAUUAGCAAGCUGAAGGUUGAUUUGGCUGCUUUAGUCAAGGAAGAAGUUCAAAUAAGGAGACUGGUGAAUAUUGCGAGACCAACAAGUUUACCAGAGCUGGUGGCACCAGCCUCUACUUCUGAUACCCCAGAUACAAAAGAAGCUCUGAAAAAUAAGUUGAUGCUUGCAGUGCGCAAGAAAGCUACAGAAAAACUAAAGAAUGCACCCAGCACGUCUACUAAUCAAAACCUUCACCCUUCAAAAGCUUGUGCUUUUGAAGAUCAAGAGGAGGAAGAAGAAGAGGAAGAUAAAGAUCCCGAGAAAACAGAGAAGCCUUGUAACCCUCAUAACAAAUCUGAGUUAAAUAAAUCCCCAAAAGAGACUAAAACAGGUUUGGAUAGAUUAAGUUCUAAAACGGAAGAGAUCAUUAUUGGGCCAUCAAAGCCAUCAUUUUUAAAAAGCACAAAUGAAUCACCUGAAAUUGAAGAUGUUUCAACUACGAGGCAUGAAAGAAACUUGAAUGAGAGGGACCACAGCAAUAGCAGCAAUGAAGAUGAUGAUGAUGAAAGGUGUUUAAAGGUGGCAGAGAAGAGGAAAAAAAGAAACAGACGAAGAAUGUUGCAAAGAAAUGAAAAGGCUUUAGAGAGAACUAAAACAUACGAUGCAUCAGAUCCCAACUACUCUGUUUGGGUUCCUCCUGAAGAUCAAUCUGGAGAUGGCACAACAAAGCUUAAUGCUAAAUUAGGUUAUUAAUGUUACUAGGUGUGUUGAAAGGAAAGGUGCUUAAUUCUAUGUACAUAUAUUUUUAAGAUACUAAAAAAGAUCAUGUUGUAAAAAGUGCGUUUAUCCUUUAUGUACCUGCGACCUGUGUAUGACAGAAAAACCCAGGAAACUUCACUGUAAUUAGGGAAAGAACAAAAAAAAAUACAAUAAAUGUCCAAACUUUC